AUAUAUGACGCUCCUUGCAGAGCGCAUGACGACGAUUACCUAAUCGUGUUAUAUCAUCCCAAAGUUUCACACCCGCGAAAAUCCCACCCUAAAAGAUAGGACAGCGACACAGCGACGCAUAGAAAAAUAGGAGUACUCCUAUUUUCGUGUAUAAGAGUAAUCACUUUAAGAAGAAGUAAGUGUAUAGGCGCCUCCACAAUCCCUUCGUCCUUUCCGCCGCGUGCAGUAGCGGCCAUGUCUGACAGAAAGUCCCAUCUGCUCAAAUCGCUCACAAUAUUCGCAGCGCUCGCGCUACUGCUGGGCCUAAUGAUCGCAGUCAUCGUCUGGAAGCAGCCCUGGAAGCAGCCCUCUGAUAGCCCGACGUUCGUUCGGCUCCCCAACAGCACGCGCGGUGCCAAAUGCCUGGACGGCAGCCCUCCAGGAUACUAUUUCCGCCGAGGCAGGGACUCAGGACGCCUGAAAUGGCAUAUUCACCUGCCCGGGGGCGGCUGGUGCGUCACUGUCGCGGAAUGCGCGAAGCGGGCGCGAACACGAUUCGGCUCGACCAAAGGAUACACUGAGACGCCUCCCAAACACGUUUCUUUUGAAGGUAUGCUGAGCCCCAACAAGAGCUCAAACCCCAGCUUCCAUAACUGGAACCUCGCGAGGCUGGUCUACUGCGACGGGGGGGGCUACGCCGGCACCAGAGGGCGGGUGAACCUCAGCGAUGGCACCUUGCUUGGUCUCAACUCGGCCGCCCCUUCUUCGGCCGUCCCUUCCUCGGUCACUUCGUCGAAAACCGCGAGGCUCGCUGCAGCAACGGGUCCGAUAUUGGAGGCGAUUGGACCAAUGGAGUCAAUGAAGUCAAUGGAGUCAACCGAGUCACUGGAGUCAACGGACCAAACAGGGUCAAACGAAUCCCCUGCUUCAGCCAUUUACCUGGACGGCUGGAACAUCGUCCAGGCCGUGCUGAAAGCUCGGCUGGCGGGCAGGCCGUGGCAAACCUCUGUGACUGGCUGGCUUCUUCAUUCCCUUCUGUCUCCGUCCGGUGCCUCAUAGACUCGGGCUUCUUCCUCGCUGCCAACCAAUCAGAGCAAUGGAAAUGCUUCUUUCUACAGCACACUCUUCCCAACAUAUCCACCCCGGUCUUCCUCUUCCAAACGCCCUUCGACUAUGCCACUGCCAUGAUCGGGAACCUCUUGCCUUCCAAUUAUGCUUAUUCGCUGCGAUGCUUGAGGGAAAUACUCUACACCCAAAAAAGUAUCGUGGCUACAGUGAGAAACAAAGUAUGGGGCGAGUUGAGGUGGAGUUUCAAGUCGGCAUGCUUGAAGCCGGAGCGCGAUUCCUUGUUCUGGACGGCGUUGACAUUAUAUGAGCAGCUGAAGACGGUCUUACAACCAAAGACAUCAAUGGGGGUUUAUAUUCCAGCAUUGUUCCUGCACACAUGCAUCGCGGACACAUGUUGGAAUGAGCCGUGGAUCAACCACACAUCUAUGGCUGAUGUGGUUGGUAGAUGGGAAAAUGCUGAGUCACAAAACGCGUCUACCGUACUUGUAGAAUGAAAUAUCAGAAAAUAG